GCCCCGCUCCUCCAGCUGUCCUGUACUCACUGUGUAUGGCCUACUGCAGCUACAGCUACAACUGGUGGAGGCAAGAAUGACACCGGCGCUCCCCUGCAUAAAGACAGCCUGAUCGUAAGGACGGAUCUGUUUCAUUUCUAGAUUCCAAAAUACCACAAUGAUGGCGCGGGUCAUUGCACCGUUACGGACACGUUUUAUCGCGACUGUUUUUACAUUUAUUGCACUGUGGGGAUGUGCGCUUUCCAUCAAUCGCUACUCUAUUCCGGAGGAGAUGGAAGAGGGCUCCUUUGUUGCCAACCUGGCCACAGAUUUGGGUCUGGAUGUUCGCAGUUUGGUGCAGCGCAGAGCAAAGCUCGAUGUCAUUCACAGCAAAAAUUACCUUGACAUCAACAAAGAAACAGGGGAGCUGGUAAUACGCGAGAAGAUGGACCGGGAAAGCAUAUGCAUGACUAAAACAACCUCGUGCUUUCUGAAAAUGGAUGUCAUACUUGAAAACCCCAUUCGCAUUUUUAACAUCGAGUUGGAGAUCAUGGACAUUAACGACAACGCGCCUGUGUUCCGCAGGAAGACAAUGCACUUGGACAUAUCGGAGGCAACCCCUCCCGGUGAGAGGUUUUCAUUGACAAACGCUGUGGAUGCGGAUGUGGGGGCGAACUCAAUCAAAACCUACUAUCUCAGCGAAAGCAAAUACUUCAACAUCGACAUACAAACUGGAAGCGAUGGCUCCAAAUAUGUCGAUCUAGUUCUGAACGGUCAUUUGGACAGAGAGGAGCAAGCUGUCCAUAAUUUGAUUUUAACCGCGGUGGAUGGAGGGGUGCCUCCCCGCUCCGGCACAGCCAGCAUCGUUAUUAACGUCCUGGAUAUCAAUGACAACGCCCCCGUGUUCAGCCAGCCGGUAUUUGCAGUCAACGUUUCAGAGAGCUCGGCUGCAGGGACAGUGGUCAUGACCUUAAACGCAACAGACUUGGAUGAAGGCACAAACGCUCAGUUGAUAUAUUCAUACACACUGUACACCUCGGAGAAGACCCAAGAGCUCUUCUCACUCGAUCCAAACUCAGGUGAGAUCAAGGUGAAGGGGGUGAUUGACUAUGAAGAGAGUCAGAGUUUUGAGAUGCACAUACAGGCUCAGGACAGGGGGGCCAACCCCAAGUCAGGACACUGUAAAGUCAUGGUGUCCGUCACAGAUCUGAAUGAUAACUAUCCCGAGGUGACCAUCAAAUCUGUGAAAAGUGCACUGACAGAGGAUGUCUCUGUGGGGACCCUGAUUGCUGUGGUCAGUGUCAACGACAGGGACUCUGGAGCAAACGGCCAAGUGGAGCUCACUUUGAGUGGGCAAGAAUCUUUACCGUUCCUGCUGAACAAAUCCUCAGAGGGUUACUUUGAGCUGCUGGUUUCAAAGCCACUGGACAGGGAGAUAAUAAGCAAAUAUGACAUCUCGCUGAGGGUGACAGACAAAGGCUCGCCGCCUUUAUCCGAAACCGAAACCAUCACUUUAGAGAUUCUGGAUGUUAAUGACAACGCACCCGCAUUCUCCCAGUCCUUCUACACAAUCCACGUUGUGGAGAAUAAUCUACCAGGGGCGUUGUUGACAUCUCUUAGUGCGUUUGACCCAGAUCUCAAUGAGAACCAGUACUUGGUUUAUUUCAUCAUGGAGAAGGAGAUUGUUAACACAUCUAUGUCAAUGCUGUUCUCCAUAAACCCGGAGAAUGGUGAUCUUUAUGCCCUGAAGACCUUUGACUAUGAGAGAGAGAGGGAGUUCCUUUUCCACAUUGAAGCUAGAGACUCUGGUGUUCCCCCGCUUAGCAGCAAUGUGACAGUUCACAUCAUCGUCCUGGACCAAAAUGACAACACGCCUCUCAUAGUGUCACCGUGGCGGGCGCAGGGCUCUGUGGUAGAGGAGGUGAUACCGAGGUCCACGGAUAAGGGGCACUUGAUAGCCAAAGUGAUUGCCAUCGAUGCCGAUUCUGAGCAGAACGCUAGGGUCACAUAUCAGCUCUUGCAGAUCAGCGACGCAACCCUCUUCAGCCUGGACCAGUACAACGGUGAAAUCCGGACAACAAGGAUGUUCAGUUACAGAGACCCGAGACAACAGCGGCUAGUGAUUGUCGCCAAAGACAACGGUCAGCCUGCACUCUCCGCCACUGUCACCAUCAAGAUAUCAACAGUGGAACACGUCAUGUCCUUUUCUGAGACCACAGAGUUGCCACUAGAGUAUGACGUCUUCACAGACCUAAACCUGUACUUAGUAAUCGGUUUAGGGGCUGUGUCGUUUCUGCUACUGAUAACCAUCUUGGUUAUUAUUGUGCUGAAGUGUCAAAAACCAAAGCCAAAGGCCAUCAAGAUCCCCCCAGCCAACAGAAACAGUGUGAUCAGCAGGAACAGCAUGAUCAGCCAGAGGAGCUCCACCAUCGCAGAUUCCACCCUGAUCUCCAGCGAUGCCUACUGGUACAGUUUGUUCCUCGCAGAGACCAGGAAAGGCAAAGUGGUCGUGAGACAGCCGAUAAUUCCAAAAGGAGCUGGGUAUUUUGUGUCCAGUAUACCCAGAAGCAUAGGGCCAAGUGAGACCACAGACUCCAGAGCAUCCACACUGGAGUACUCAAAAUGAAAGGAAGUCCAUUCUACAACUGGAGCAGGAACCCAGAAGAGAACUGCCAUGAUAUAAUCAUCUCUUCAUGGGAGUCUCUAGCUGAAAUUCCUCCCUGUGACUCACAAAGAAGAUGUAAAACAGCUGUCCUCCCUCAGUCCCUCUGCUCCAACUUGCUCUUUCUCUCCAGCUCCUCCAAUCCCCCAUACAAACAUCAACCACGAAUCACCUCAGCUUUCUACCUUCUCUUUUAGGCAUGGAUCUGCAUGAUUCUACAACAUGUUUAAAAUAUUUGGACAUCGAAUUGAAAUCUUUUAUGGCAGGAUAUUUGGACAUUUCUAGAGUUGCCUCAUGUAGUAAAUCAUUCCCUCUUUAACGCUUUGAAACUCCUCAAUGGACACAUUUGCCUUCUCUCCAGGGUUUACGCUGUGUGCUGUAGUUCUAGAAACCAUAAGUAGCUCAACAUACAUAAGUCGCCAUCAUGCAACCUUUUCUAAGCAAGAGUUUAAAAAACGCCUAUUCACAAAUACGCAUACGAAUCAGGGUGAAUAUGAUUCUUCCGCAAAUCUGAUAAGUACUGAACUGUAGCUGAUUAUGUCACUGAUUCAGCCUUUGCACUUGGUGUUUAUCUUUUUUGAAUAAUAAUUUCUACUGUAUUAUGAAUCCUGCUGUUCAGCGAGGGUUACACUGUCAACUAGUAACUUUUUUUUUAACGUUUGUUGUACUCAACAGUGAUGAUUGUGUGAAAAGGCCAAAAAAGAAUGAAAGAAAUGAAAACUGCAAAACGGAGAAAAACAACAGGAGAUACAUUGUUUCUCUUUUUAUUUGAUUGUAGAUACUGUAGUUCAGUAGAAAUUAUAAUGAAGUCAGAGAAGCAAAAAUACUUUUAACACUGUCACUAACAUCAGGUGUAAAGUUUAUAUUUUACAGACAUCUGUGCUGUUAUAUUUGACGGGGCCGUUAUCUGGCUGUAUUGGGGAGAAUUACACUGCAAUAUUGGAUUUCCUGAACCGUAUUCAAAAUCUAGCAUACACUGUUUCAGCCUGUCUCCUCUUGAUGGGGUGAGUGAGCGAGGGUGCAUGGGGGAGGUGUGUUCGCACAUCAAAUUUUCACAUCACAAAAUGGGGGUCGGGCCACAGUGGUCAGUAUGUAAAACAUUCAAACAUGAUGAACAAUAUUUUUGAAAACAGGGUCAAAUGUCAAUUCCACUUUCUUCGCUACAAGAUAUUGCUUUUCACAAUUAUAAGCUAUUAAUGUCCCGAUUUAAUUCCAAUGAUAAAGCUGGCAAUACAAAUAUCAACUGCAUUCAUUCAUUGCACAGUGCAAAUCACAUUAAUCGAUUAAAAAAAAUACAAUUACGGUGGAAAUCUAAAAAAAAAAAUAUUUUGUAUUGAUACAUACUCUGUUUAUUAAAAAGAGUAAGAAUAUUAAAAUGUAUUAGUCUUUGCCAUGGUACAAGGGAAUAUAAAGUCCAGGCAAGGUAUUGUUUUAUGAAUAUCCAUGUUUUUAUAGAUAUUUUAUGUAACUUUUAAUGCUGCUUUUGUGAGCUUCUUCAAGGGCAUUUUGUGUUGCAUAUAGUGUAGUUUGGUGCAUAUGAUGUUGUUUUAAUAGUUAUAUAUAUAACUUACAAUUGAAACUAGAGUACUUUUCUUGACCUCAAAGGAUGCGCUGUUGCACUACUGUAAAGCCCAGGACUUUCAUCUCUCAGAAACAAGGAGCUCAUAAGGACCACUUAUUAGGGUGCUAAAUGAUAGAAUCUAAUUGGGCGAGGUUAGGAUAUGGGAAUGGGGACAAGGAGAACAUAGUGUAGUGAUUAUAGUUGCAGUAUUCUAGUGCUGGCUCUGCAAGUAAAAACAGCUGAACACAUAGAUGGUGCAUAAGAAGUAUUAAGCAGAUGACAGCACUUUGAAAUAUGCACCAGAUCUAAAUGUGAUCGCAGCACUCACUCAGUAAUGCAGUAAAAAUACAAUAUUCCUAGAAGUAUUGAGCUACAUAUUCUGAGUCAGUGAAAUCUAACCUCUCGCUCUUCCUCUCCUACUGUUGCCUGGUGUUGGUGAUACACCAGGCUUUUCCAGACAUAAACACAGCUGGCUGCCUGUCUGUCAGACUGAAGAUGUCACAUAAUGAGGGAUCUCUUGCUGUGGAGUACAUGUUAUGUGUGCAAUCAAUGCCUGAACCGUUUGAUUCCAACAGUGUUUAAAGAAUCAACGAAUUGCACAUGUGAUGAGCUCCUUGCGUGCCUUCUGCAUUGUAAAAGAUAUAUGUAACUGUUGAUGAAUGAAAUAACAGCAUGUCAUACAAUAUUACAAAUUACAGUUACAGUACCCCAAUGAUAAAAUACCUUGAUAGCUAAGGCGUUGUUGGAUAGGGGCUCAGUCUUUUGGUUUCAGAGCAAAUGUUCUACUGAGAACCGGUAAAUGCAUUUACUGUAAAUCAAACUGCUUUAUACUUUGUGUUUUUUAUACAGUAGACUUUUUUGAUAUCUUCUGUAUUCACUGUGAUCAAAUUGCACAGGAGGUGCUUGUGCUUGGUAUAGUAUUAGUGCGUUAUUUCUCAUGUGUGGACACAGCUCAGUUUUUCCUCUGCUAAUUUGCCAGUCAGAUUGUACAGUAUGCUUCGAGAGUUGCAUCAAACCUGAUCUAGUUCCAGCUCACUCAGCGGAUCAAAGACAGAAUGGGAGAGAAUGGUAUUGCUUAAUUUACAAGUCUAGUUAAUUGUCGAGUUUUGAUGUUGCUUAUUUGGCUUAAAUGUUCUGCCUGAUCAUGCUAGUUUGAAUAAAGCUUUUUAAUCUGUC